CUCUUCCCGCAGGGGGGCCCCGCCGCGGCCCCGGCCGCGCUCUGCCCCUGUACAGGGUGUGAUGCUGCCGCGUUCGCCGCUCCCCCGCCCCGGCUGACGGGGACGCCGAGCAGAGCCGCGGCGUCGCAGCCUUCCCUUUCGCCUUCCAAAGUUGGGCUUCGGUGGCUCGGGGUCGGGGCCGGCAGCGCCUCCGCCCUGAAGCGGCCCCGAUGGGCCCGUGGCCGCAGGCACUGUCGUCGCAGCCGCCCUCCUGACCCAGCCACAGCGCCCGCGGGACGGCUGCUGUAGCCGGGGGCGGCCGCGGCGCUCGCGUUGCUGCAAAGCCGCCGCUCUGCGGGGCGGAGUGUGUCCCCGCCGGCUCGCCGUGCGGGGAGGCGGGCCGGGGGCCGGCUGAGAUGGGAGAGAGCAUGUCCAAGAGGCUGAAGCUGCAGCUGGGUGGUGAAGCGGAGAUGGAGGAGCGGGCUUUCGCCAACCCCUACCCCGACUACCAGCCCCAGGGAGCCGUGGCAGCCCCCAGCGCGGCGGACACCCACCGGGACAGGGCGCUGCAGCCGCCGGCGGAGGAGGAGUCCCUCCCCUUCGGCGCCGAUGGGAAGGUCAAUGCUCAGUUCUCAAAACGGAUCCAGGCAAAAAUCAAGGACCUUCUGCAACAAAUGGAGGAAGGGCUGAAGACGGCAGAUCCACAUGACUGCUCUGCCUAUACUGGCUGGACUGGUAUUGCCCUCUUAUAUCUGCAACUGUACCGCGUCACGAAAAACCAGAGCCAUUUGCAGCGAUCUCUUGAUUACGUGAAGAGAAUCCUUCGCAAUCUGAAUGGCAGAAGAGUUACUUUCCUCUGUGGUGAUGCUGGGCCAUUGGCAGUGGGUGCGGUGGUUUACCACAAACUGAAAAAUGACAGUGAAUCUAAAGAAUGUGUUGCCAAGUUGUUGCAGCUCCAAAGGACAGUCAUCAGCACGGAUGCCGAGCUUCCAGAUGAGCUGCUUUAUGGCAGAGCAGGUUACCUGUAUGCCUUGCUGUACCUGAAUACUGAAAUUGGUCCAGACACUGUCCCACAGUCUGUUAUCAAAGAGGUAAUAGAUGCUAUUAUUGAGUCGGGGAAAAACUUUUCAAAGGAGGAGCGGAAAACAGACCGUUGUCCUCUGUUGUACCAGUGGCACAGGAAGCAGUAUGUUGGAGCAGCCCAUGGAGUGGCUGGGAUCUAUUACAUGCUCAUGCAGCCAAUUGCAAAUGUGGACCAGGAGACCUUGGCAGAGCUGGUGAAGCCAAGCAUUGACUACGUGCGUCAUAAAAAAUUCCGGUCUGGGAAUUACCCGUCAUCACUCAGCAAUGAGACUGACAGACUGGUUCACUGGUGCCAUGGUGCCCCCGGAGUCAUCCACAUGCUCAUGCAAGCAUAUAAGACUUUUAAAGAGGAUAAAUACUUGAAAGAUGCUAUGGAUUGCAGCGAUGUCAUCUGGCAGAGAGGUUUACUGAGAAAAGGGUACGGGAUCUGCCAUGGUACUGCUGGCAAUGGCUACUCCUUCUUGUCUCUCUAUAACCUAACUCAGGACAGAAAGUACCUCUACCGAGCCUGCAAGUUUGCUGAAUGGUGUUUGGAGUAUGGUGCACAUGGAUGUCGUAUUCCUGACCGACCUUAUUCCCUCUUUGAAGGCAUGGCUGGAGCUAUUCACUUCCUCUCAGACAUUUCAGUACCGGAGACUUCCCAGUUUCCAGCGUUUGAACUUAGACUUCAAAGGAGGGAAAACAAAGUGGAACAGGAUGGCUAAAACCAUCAUUUUGAAAGGAAACUGAUGCCAAAAGAGAUGAGACUGUUUAGUGCCUCUGAUAGGUAACCAACUCGACGCUGAACCGACAGAUGGAUAAAGCCCUUUUCUCACCCCUCCUGCCCCAAAGGACCAUGAAGUCAUUAGAGCAUGAACAGGAGAAGCCACACUUUAAGUUCUGUUAAAGUGACACCUUCAGAUGUAGGACCGGAGAAGUCAAGUUUUGAACUUUCUCUUUUCUGUUGUAUUUGUCUUCUUUAGGUCUUUGCCAUGCUCUGCACGUUUAUUGGUGUUGUGUGUUGAUCCAAGUCUUUUGUUGUUAGCAAAAAGCUGGUCUCCGUGUGAAUCUCUGUCCUGUACCUUCUUGCAUGACUCACAAGAGCAGUGUUGCUUUCUGCAGCGUGGUUACCCGCAGAUAGAGUUUGUUGCAGGACGGUGCACAGCUUCACUGGUGUGCUGGCAGCUCUAAAAAGGGAUGAGAAACGUUUCUAUGUUCAUUUUUUUCCUGCCUUUUUCUCCACAGUCCUUACAAGCUAAGCUGGUGGAGCUCAGCCUGUUUUGAUGAAGAGGCACGAGGCCAUUUCUGUUUUCAGAAACUUAGCAGGUUGGAAGGGACCUGGCUUUUCUUCUGCUGCUGUUGUGGGGGGCUUCUUUGAAAGUCUGAAAGAGAGGCUUCCUUUGAUACUUGCAGCUGGUUAGUGUGUUAGGUGGAGAUGCUUCUCCCCACUGCUGCAAAGCCCCAUCCCAUGCCAUGAGCUUACACUGCAGGUGGAGUCACUUGGACUAAGCUCCCUCUGCCACCAACAGUAGAGCCUGGACAGCAUAACUGCUUCUCCUUUCCUCGACCUGGAUUUGGAAUAAACCUGUCCUGCAGCAUCUCAUAUACAGAUGAGCAAGGGAGGGCGCCAGGGCAAGCUUCUCAUGUAGGUAGCUUAGGAUGGUUGUUACUUUGGAACCAAGGUAGUGAUUUGUUCUGGGCUCUCCCCUCCCAUGUAGCAGUACAGGAGUGAUAAAUACCAGCUGCUUGUGCAGGCUGCAGAGGAUUAUUGAGCAAUACGAAGCCAUUGCUAGCAGCUAGAAUUGAAGUAUAUUUCACCUUAAAAUCCACACAGAAAAAGCUCUUUUCCUGUAGUCUUAACUGCUGCUAGUGCUUUGCUUCCUCCUGUAGUGUGGUGGGGUUGUGAAAUAGUAGACCUGCCUCCAGGUGCUCAUGAAUAUCAGGCCAUUGGUUUGGGAGAAGUGGGACAUACUCUGAGUACUCUUGGAGCAGGUCUGUGUGUCCAGGUAGUACCCAAGUGUCACGCACUCUGUUGCUCAGGCUCUGUGGUCAUCCUUCCCCCAGGUCUCCCUGUGCUCUGUCAUUCCAGGCGUUGAUUUUAAUUGGUAUCUUCUGUUGGGUGCGAGUGUGGCAGAUGGCAGAGUUUGACCUUUUGGGCACACAUCAGGAUAUCUGUGACCUGUGGGCCAUCUGCUGAGCUCCAGUGUCUGCAGUUGUGCUUGGAGAUGAAUUGUUGCUCCUGGAUUCGUGAGUGCGUUACAGUGUCUGUUGCCAAAUCCGUUGGGAUGUUAAUAAUUUUUCCAUUCAGUUCUGUUGGACAACAGCAGCAGUGUCAGUGCAGGAAUGGCUUAAUGUCACAGUGUAGCAGUUUGUCUGCUGGUUUGUCAGGUAGGAUUAAAACAUGGGAGCAGCAGAAGAGACUUUUCCACCCUUCUGGCAAAGGGGGCAGAAGGUGAGGUGAGAGCAACAAACCCAGCUGCAUCUCUACAGCCAGGGAUGGGGGAAAAUGCUGAAAGGCAGUGGGAAUGGGGAAUGCUGCAUGGCUGAAGCAAACAGAAGCAGAGCAGCAGAAAGUGAGGAACAGAGGGAGUUACUAAUGUGAGGGAUCAGUGAGGAACAGGAAGAGCUGGUCACAGAGGCAAUGCACAGUGUACCAGCAGAGACCAUCUCGAUGAGAGAUUCCUCCAUGCCAAGAAUGCCAAGGGCUAACUGUGUUUCUUUCUUCAGCCGGUGGAUCCCUGAUCAUGCCCAUAGAUAAGCCAGGAAGGAAACUUUCCCGGGGUGAAGUCUCAGAGAAAUACUAACAAAGGAGGUAGACGCCAGCUCUGAUGCUGUUUCACAUCACCCCCCACCUCUUUGUUCCUUCCCCUCCACUGUGGCUGCAGAGCAUGUUGGGUGUGUUAACAGGGAAAGGGCUCACCACAUUUACAGGAACUGCCUGCAAACAGACAGAAGCCAUUGGCCCUCCUGGCAAAUCCCAUGCCUCUGUUGUACGGACUGUGUAACGAGGGGGUCACCUGGCAGGUUUUUUUGUUCAGUAAUUAUAUAUACAUUGGCCUUGGCUACCCUGCUUGGAAUGGCUCCUGUGGGAGGUGAUUUUGGCUGGCCAGAGCCUAAAGGGAAUUAAAGCCUGCUAGUUUUAAAAAUACAUAGGUAGAUACACACUCGGAACAGCUUAAUGCUGAGCAGAUCCCCAGGAUGCUGGAGUGUACCUGUCAAGAUAAUGAGCAAGUCAGCGACCUGCUCUUUCUGUACCAUAGCCAGCCUUCUGCCGUGGUGGGGCCUAGCAGGCCUGGCACCAUCUUUCUCUGCAGAAUCCUCUCAGAACUGAGAAAGACUGGAAAAGUAUCGAGCAGGGAAGUGUCUGACAGUGCAUCUGCCUCGUCUUCCUGACGUGACUUUCCCCAUGGCUUCUCCUUUCUGUUCGUCACAGCAUUGUGAUAUCUAGGUGGCCCAUUAAGGAAAGAUACGGUGUGAAGGUGAAAAAGUGCAUUUCACCAAGGCAAUGUCUUCAGAAAUGACAUCAAACUACCAAUGUAGAAAAUGUCUUAAUAUUCCCUGCUUUGCUUUGUCUGUGUGUGUAGUCCAUCUGUUGCAAAAAGCAGUAGUGUUAAAAAUGGAAAUGCUCUUUGGGCAGAAAAAGAGGAAAAAAAUGCUGAUGUUUUGUUCUUUGGCUUUAUUAGUAAAGAUCAAGCUAUGUGGUGGUAA